CAAAGUCUAUAAAAUAAAGAUAACUUGCAUAUUCUUUAAUGUAUAAAUUUGCUGUCUUUGCUGAUUUGUGAUAGCUACAGGAUUGUUUUUCAGCCGGUCACACGUCUACCUUACCCCUGCCGCCAUUGCACGAAAUAAAAAGGAAGAGGAAAUAAAAAUAUACGCAUGCGCACAUCUGAAAACCGAUUUACAGAUCCAGUGGAGAAAAUUCCGUAAAAAUGGGAAAUGAAAACUCACUACCAAUGGAACUCUGUUCAAACUUUGAUGCAGAUGAAAUCAAAAGACUGGGAAAGCGAUUUAAAAAAUUGGAUUUGGAUAACUCGGGUUCCUUAAGUGUUGAUGAAUUUAUGACUUUGCCAGAACUUCAGCAAAAUCCAUUGGUUCAACGAGUCAUUGAUAUAUUUGAUACAGAUGGAAAUGGAGAGGUGGACUUUAAAGAGUUCAUUGAAGGAGUGUCUCAGUUUAGUGUUCGAGGAGACAAAUUAUCCAAGCUGCGAUUUGCAUUCAAGAUCUAUGACAUGGACAAGGAUGGCUAUAUAUCAAAUGGAGAACUCUUCCAAGUAUUAAAAAUGAUGGUUGGAAAUAAUCUGAAGGAUACUCAGCUACAGCAAAUAGUAGAUAAAACCAUCAUACAUGCUGACACUGAUGGCGAUGGAAAAAUCUCUUUUGAGGAAUUCUGUGCAGUUGUUGGAAACAUGGAUGUUCAUAAAAAGAUGGUUGUAGAUGUGUAAUAUGCACUUUUAUUAUAAUAAUUUAUAAAUUAAACUAUAUGUAUGUAAUUUUAUUUAUUUUUACAUGUUUGUACAUGUAUAUACCUGAAUGUUUCAACUUAUUAAAUCAUGUAGAGAAAUUGUAUACCCCCUGUAAACAGAAUUAGGGAGAUAUACUGAAAUUUUAUACCCCCUGUAAACAGAAUUAGGGAGAUAUACUGAAAUUUCAUACCCCCUGUAAACAGAAUUAGGGAGAUAUACUGAAAUUUCCACAUCUGUCAAUCCAUCCACCUGGACAAAAGUGAUUUCCAUCAUGUAUAAUAAUAUUGAAUGACUUUAAAGUUUUCACAAAAUUUGUGAAAAUGUCAUGUACAUGCACAGUAUAGGCCCAUGCAUCUGGUUUUUUUCAGGCUGAUUUGUCGGAUUUUGAGAAAGUUGACUAAUGAAAUGAUAGCAAUUUAAUUUACCAGGCCAAGAGCUGGCCAUUGUUUGCUUGAUGUCCAUUGUCUAUCUGCUGUCGUCAUUUGUUACCAUUUAAUUUUCAACAUGUACAUGUGCAUUAAAGACAUUUUGCCAUGAGAGGGGGGUGGGGGGCUUAUAAACCUUGUACCUGUGUGUUCUUUCCAUUCUCUACCGAUAAGAGUCACUGCUCCCUAACACUUCUGUUAAUGCGAAAAUAUCAAGAUUCAUGUAAAAGGCUUUGCAAACUGGUACACAAGAUGUACAAACAUUUGACUUGGCUUUUAAUCAAUUAAUGGUGUAGAAUUGUAAGAUAAAAUUGUUUUACCGCUUGUAAACAAAUUCCUAAAAGUUUGUAAUUAAAAUUAAAGCAAA